UGUAAGCUCACUUUAACAACUCACUUGAGCAGCUUUCUCAUCUUCUAAUAGAUAAUGAUGAAUAAGAGGCCUUUUGCCACACAAGACCGUAAGGGGAAGAAAGUUCCGGCAGCAGCUAGAAAAAUGACCAAGAAAAAUCAAUUUAGGAAUAAUACAGUAAAUAUGAACCAGAGGUAUCUUAGCACAGGGAACAAGCAAGUCAAUAAAACUUACCAAAGAAACUCGAUGGCUAGAGAUGAGUUAGUCAAGAGAUUCAAGAGUAUUUCUCCCUCAGUGAAGAAGAACAGAGACAUACCAGAUAUAAGGAUAUCAUUGAAUUCUAUGGGAAGGGAUUGCAGAAGUCCUACAAUUACAUGCCAAGCAGCCUUGAAGAGAAGUACAGGGAUUACGAAAGGUUUACCUCUUCAACCGAAAAAUGGAUAUAAACUUUUUGAGGAUGCGAACAAAACUUUAUCGCCUAAUGUAGAGUUGAGCUUAGCUCCUUGCUUAACUGACCAAUCAACUAAAGUUCAGAGAAAAUGGGCUAAUUCCCGUGUUAAUAGCUUCAAUGGAAGUAUUAAAACAAAUACUGCUUGAAGACAGAACAAAAUUCGAGUCAGUGCCAAGUCAAAAUCCAGGAAAGGUUCAAAACAGAUAUCAUUAGAUUGAGAAAGUGAUAAUUCCACAAACCCUGUAAAGCAGAGGGUUGUGCCCUUCACUCUUCCAGAAAUGCAUAGAGGAAUUGAAGUAAACCAGCUGAAAGCUUUGAACAGAAAAUUAGUCAAUGAGAAUUCUGAGCUGAAAGAUGAGAUUUCUCUAUGGGAACACAAGCAGAAAAUUGAACUUGAAAUGGGACAGCAAAAUACAAUGAAUAUUAAUAAAUUAGAGGUCAUGAUACAGAAAUAAAACGGCCAGUUACUGGAUGAAGAGGUUGAAUAGGCACAUGGCAGAGAUCAAGAAAGAAUAUCAAAAAGAAAUCAACUCGCUUCGUAAAGAUUUUGCAAUCCAGCUAGAAAAUUCAAGCGAUAUGUUGUCCUCCUGUUCUAAUCAUCUGAUAUCUGCCACUGAAGAAUUUCAAGUAAAAAUAGCUAAAUAUCAAGCAGAAAUUGCUAAUUUAAAUUCUAAAAUUGAAGAUACUAAAGAGAGGAACAACUCACUCUCUCAGUCAUUGAAAGCUCUCAGAAAACAAUCAGUCCAGAAGGAUGAGGACGUCACUGAGAUAACAAGGAAGAUAUCUAAGCUGAAGUCCGAAAAAGAUGACUUUAAGAAGCAGUGCGAUCAAUUCAAGCAAAUCAAUUCUGACCUUGUCAGGAAACUGUUCAAGUUUGAGAAAAAUGGGGAGUUACUAAUCAUGGACCCCUAUGAGAUGCACAGAAGGAUGAGAUUCUAUGAGACUAGAUGAGCAACAUUGAAUGAAAACAUAAGUACAUUAUCUACAGAACUCACAACACUUAAAAGAACCCUAAAAAAGUUGAAUAUUAAUGACGAUGAACUCCAGCGAGCCUUAAAGAAGGGCUAUUUCAAUAUUGAUCAAUGAAACACUGAAAAUUUUAGCUCAAAAAGCUCCCAAAUAUCGUCAAAUAAGGACAAAGAAGUUGAUGGUGAACGAAAAUUUAGUCAAUUCUUACCAAAAAGGUGCCAGACUAAAAGUAAGAGUUGAGGAAGGAAAUGCUUUAUGCCGACCAUUAAAAGCAAAUAUGAAUAUAUUUCUAAACACUCGAAGAAAUAUACUGAUGAUACUUUCAACCAGAUUCGUAAAGUAGAUGAACUUGCCAAUUUAGCUAAGCUUGACAAGGAGGAUACUGAUGAAGACCAGAGAGUAGCCACUCGAGAAGGAUAUGAGAGAAGUCUUAAUGAAAGUAAGCUCGACUUUUAG